UCAUUAUUAUUUCAUAAAUAUUUUCUCUGGUUCGUUUUCUCCAUUUGUACGGAAGCAAGAAUGGCUCAAGCUCUAGUCAAUUUUCAGAUUUUUUCUUCUUUCACAAACCCAAAAACCCUAAUUCACUCUCGCUCCCUCAAGAGAUUGAAGAAUCCGAUCUUAAACUCGCGACGGUGCCUCUUAAUCGAACGGAUACGAUGCUCAGCUUCUUCCGACGGCAACAAUAGCUUAAGAACCUGCAAGAAUUGCAAAACCCAAUUCGAUCCUCUCCUAAAUCACCCUCGCGCUUGCAGAUUCCACACUGCUCAUUUCGGAGGUGAGACGAAGAGGAAAUUCGAGAGUGUAUACACUGGUGGAACGAUGGAUACACCAAAUUCUGGAAAAGUUGUACAGUAUUGGCAUUGUUGUGGAUCUGAAGAUCCGUUUGAUCCUGGAUGUACUGCAUCUCCUCAUUCUACUUAUGACGAUUGAUGCAAUUUUCUUAUAUGUUAAUGUAAUAUAAUGAAGUUGAGAUGAAGAUGAAGAAGAAGAAGAAGAAGAAAGGAAAAGAAUAUUCUGUAAAAGGUUAAGGAUUCA